AUGGCGCCGCGACGCGACAACCAGAAGGCGAUAGAGGCGCGAGAGCGGAAGGCGCAGCAGAGUCAGAGCAAGAAGGAAGCGGAGUUGGCGGCGAAGGAGGACGCGAAGUGGCGGGACGAAGGCACGAAGCUGUUGCGGAAUAAGGAGGCCCGCAAGGCCGAAGCAGACGCGAAGGCAGACGAGGCACGGCGUCGGCGGGAAGAACGGGCCUUGCUAGAACGGGCGGAGGCGGAGAGUAUUCAGGGUACCACCAAAGGCGCAACAAAAAAGGGCGCCUCCAAACCCAAGGUGACUCAGUACCAGCUGCUGCAACGACAACUGUUGCUCCAAAAAACCGCCCAGGCCGCUGCUUCGCCCAUGGCUCGCGUCGUAUCCGCCGAGUCCAUGGAUCUCCUCGUCGAGAAUGUAAACCACGCUCGACGAGAGGAAGCUUUUAAUGCCAUACUCGCCGGCGACCGCUUGGUCGACGCCAGCGGCAUCGACGAAGCCCUUGAACAAUUGUCCUCAGCCGACGCAGCCGACCGCAAGGUCGACAUGCACCCUGAACGCAGGGCCAAGGCCGCAUAUAAAGCUUACGAGGCACGGGAACUCGAAACCCUCAAGUCACAGCUACCGGGUCUCAAGAGAUCCCAAUAUAUAGAGAGGAUCCAGAAGGCGUGGGCUAAGUCGCCUGAGAAUCCUCUGAAUAAAAUUUGA